AUGCCAAAACAAAACAAGAAGAGAAAACACGCAGAAACAUCAUCAUCUAAAGAAGAACAUGUUGAUGAAAAUAUUGAUGGUGUUUUAUUUAAUGAAAUGACCUCUGUCAAUGAUCAAUUACUUUCACUUUCUAAAAAGGUGAAAUUGGUUGGUCAUCAUUAUUUUGUAAAUAAUAGUUCCAUGAUUGAUGAAUUUGUGGGCAAUAUUAACGAAUUCUUGAAGGAUUUGGAUGUGCAUAGAAGAAAAGUUUCGUCCGAUCAAUUAAACUCUGAUAAUUUAUUUCACAUUUAUCAAUUUUUGGAUUUACCAAUUCUGAUGAAUUCCUGUCAAUUGGUAUCCAAGACUUGGAGAGAAACCUUGAAGAGACUUUCGUUUAAAGUGAAAUUAGGUUCUAAAAGUUAUACAAAAAGAAAUUCAGUCAAAAUUGGAAAGGAAGAGAUUACCAGUUUAUUAGAUGGAUCAUUUAUCAAGAAUGUCACUUCAUUGUCAUUGUUUUCUGCUGGUGUGGAUACAUUUCAAGCUCUUGCUUCUUGUAAAAAGUUGGACAAUUUGACAAAAUUGGAUUUAUCAUCUAAUAAUAUGGGAAUUCAAACUGUGAAGAAUUUAAAGAAAUGUUCAAUUAAGAAUUUGACAAAAUUAAACUUGUCCGGUAUGAGAAAGUUUACAGAAAAGGAGGUAAAAGAGUUGCUCAAUAGCAGUUUCAUGUCUAGUGUUAAAAAAUUAGAUUUAUCAAGUCAUGAUUAUCCAGAAACAAUUCUUCAAAUCAUGUCAGAAUCCAAAUAUUUGAAUCAACUCACUCAUUUAAAAUUACCACAACAUGUUCAAUAUUUGAAGAAAGGAGAUAAUGGACUAGUCCCAUUUUUGAAAGAUAAGGUCAAUCUGGAAUAUUUGGCUAUUAGAAAUCGUAGCUUGAAUGAAUCUCAAUACCCAAACUUGUUUACAAGUUUAACCAAUAUUACUAGCCUUGAUCUUUCCUACGGUUACAUGCCAAAUAGUGAAUUUGUAAAUUUAAUUUUUUCUCCAAGUUUACCAAAACUCACAACACUCAAAGCUGAACGGUUUAAUUGGACAAAUGCAAACAUAUUUAAAGAGAGAACACAGUAUACCAAAGAAAAUUCAGAGGUUGUACAGUGUCCUCCAAACUCCCAAAGCUCAAUUACUGAUUUGUAUUUGAAAAAUACCUACAUUUCAACCUUUCCUUCCCUCACUUAUCAUUGCCCAAAUCUAAAGAGGCUCACCAUCUCUAAUUCAUAUGCUUUAGAUUGCGAAAACAAGGAAUUAUUGAAAAGUACCUAUGUUACCUUUUUGAGUGCUCCUACCUUAUCUAAUUUGGAAUACUUGGAUAUUUCUGACUUGACUUGUUUAGAAUCUUUAUUCGAAAUCAUUUUCGAUUCAUCAGUCUAUUCCAAUUUGAAGGAAUUAAUUUGUAAAUGCUCCAAUGUACAUGGAAUCAAAUUGUAUGAAAACCUUGUUUCAAAAUGUACCAAUUUGGUAAAUUUGAGAAACUUUGAUGCAUUUGCAGUUUCUGCAUCAAGUGAAUGUGUGAAAGCUUUGCAAACUAAUCCAACUUUUGCCAAGUUAAGGAAAGUUAGAAUCAACUCAUAUGAUCACCAAGAAUUAUUAAGUUAUUGGAAUAAAUAA